AUGGACGUCACGGGUCUCCGGCACCGCAUCCACGAGGCGUAUAAGAGCACGGCGGAGAUGCUGCUAUCGGCGCGCAGCGCCACGGCCUUCGCGGAGAAAGGCGUUCUCACUCCGGACGAAUUCGUCGCCGCUGGAGAUAACUUGGUGGCCAAAUGUCCCACGUGGUCCUGGGAAGGAGCUGACCCCUCGCGCCGACGAAGCUUCCUGCCUGCUGACAAGCAGUACCUCAUCACUCGCAACGUCCCCUGUCUGAGGCGAGUGGGGGCGAUGGGAGGAGAAAGUGCUGCUGGCCGCAGGUGCCCUCCGCACAUUGCUGCUCCUCCCUUCCUCCCUGCACUCGCCUCCCCGCGAGUGGGGGCGAUGGAGGAGGAGGUGCUGCUGGCGACAGGUGGCAGCGAGACAUUGGUCGAUGCUGACGUGGACGGGGAUGGCAACGAGCCCUGGGUCGCCACGUCGAAGCUUGGCGGUGCUUCCUCAGCAGCAGCAGGUGCAGGGUCGGCACAGCAAGAAUUCCUUCCCUCCAUCGACGCUCCGGCAACCUCAGCAACUGGAGGAGGAGGGGAGGGCGGGGGAGCGGGAGCAGGGGAGAGGACUGCUGGAGGAGCAGCGGGGGGAGAUGAAGAGGAGGAGGACGAUGUACCUGAUAUAGCGGAAUUCGAUGAUGUGGAUAAUGUGCUCGAUGCUGACCCUGCGGCGCUACAGCUGGGGGGAGGGGGGUACCUGGUGGCCACAGAGCCAGAGGACGACCACAUUCUGCAGACUCGCACCUACGACCUCACCAUCACAUACGACAAAUAUUACCAGACUCCGAGAAUAUGGCUCUUUGGUUAUGACGAGGAACGGCAGCCGCUGGCAGCAGAAAAAGUGUUUGAGGAUGUGAGCCAAGACCAUGUGAAGAAGACGGUUACGAUUGACGACCAUCCGCACCUUCCAGGAAAGUACGCAUCGGUGCACCCAUGCAAGCAUGCAGCGGUGAUGAAGAAGAUCAUUGGAAUCAUGGCAGCCAAUGGCGUGCAGCCACGUGUCGACCAGUACCUGUUUAUAUUCCUCAAGUUCAUCUCGUCGCUGGUGCCUACUAUCGAGUAUGACUACACCAUUGAUUUCGAUAUGGGCGGAACACUAGGCGCACACGAGGACGAUGGUGAGGACAGUGAUGAUGAUGAGAACAAAAAGUCUAGCGGUAACAGUAGAGAUGAUGCUAGUGAAAUAGAGGAAGGUGUGAAAGCAGCUUUCCCAAGCGCCGAUCUACUGCUUCCGUCCGCGACUCACGCGACCAUCAUGUCGACGAUGAAGGAGAAGCUGGGCGAUCUCGGCACGACCGCCAAGGAGAAGGUGACCGAGGCCAAGGCCAAGGGCGGCGAGAUGCUGGGCAAGGGCAAGGCGGAAACUCAGGAGAGCGUGGACAAGGCGAAGAACCCGUUCAGCCACAGCGCGCACGAGGCGGCGGACGCGAAGGAGGCGGCGACUAAGACGAGCGCGGAGAUGGGGAAGGAGCAGAAGGUGGCGGGCGCGCAGAUGGGCGCGGCGGGGGAGAAGGAGGCGCGGCACCUCAAGCACCAGACGGGGCUGUAG